ACCUGUUGAGUCACACUCUUAAAAGAAAGACAGAAGCAUAGUAAAAUCAAGAAACAGAGAGAGAAAGUUGGGGAUGGGAAAUCAUAGGUUUAGAUUAUCAGACAUGAUACCAAAUGCUUGGUUUCACAAGCUGAAGGGCAUGGGCAAGGCCAAAAAAAGUGGAAAGAAUCACAACAACAACAACAAUUGUAUCAAAAAACAUGAAAACCAUCCCCCCACAUUAUCAUCAUCAUCAUUAUCCUCAUCAUCCUAUUCAUCAUCAACCAAAACCACAACAACCCACAGAAAAUCCUACUACUUCUCCAGGCCGCCACCCCACAUUUCGCCGGAAACUUCAAGAAAAUCCUCCAAGAAACGCCCCAAGAGGAGGACCAGCAGUAGAACAACCGCCGUCUCCGCCGCUUGCAGCUGCCGCCCGUCCAUGGAAUCCGUCUGGACUAAGCCCGAUUCCACCCCUGAAGACUAUCCGGAUUCCCCCCUCGACAGCAGCACCUCCUCCUCCUCCGACCAAGAUUCCCUCUCCCUCUCCCCCGAUGAUGAACUUCACGACUUCGACACCGUUUCAAAAAUCGACCUCCCUCCCAUCAUCACAAAGCCCGCCAACAAUUUAAGGACGAAAACCCAAUCAAAUCAAUCAUGCAAGACAGCCAAAACCUCCGACAAAGAGCAGAGGGCGUGCCCUGUUCGCAGAUUCUCCGGGAACUCGCCGGGCGUGAAACUGAGAACAAAUUCUCCGAGAAUCGGUGGCAACCACCGGAGAAUCCUGCAGGGCAGAAGAAGCACGAGCAUUGCGGCGAAAAGCUUCGCCGUUGUGAAGUCAUCUAAGGAUCCACAGAGGGAUUUCAGGGAAUCAAUGGUGGAGAUGAUAGUGGAGAACAACAUCAGAGCAUCGAAAGACUUGGAAAAUCUUCUUGCUUGCUAUCUGUCUCUCAACUCUAAUGAGUACCAUGAUUUGAUCAUCAAGGUGUUCAAACAAAUCUGGUUUGAUAUCACCGAUGUUAGGUUAAAUUAAAGUAACUAUUUUAUUUUCUGUUAGUUGUAAUAAUAUGUAAAUUAGCUGCAGUUAUCAUCAGUAAUUUUCUCCCACUCAUAAUUAUUAUAAUAAAGUUUCAUGCUUUUCUCCUA